AUGGAUUCUAGUCUCUUCCAGGCAAUUGAGGAAAUUAAGGAUUUUUUCCAGCAUCUCUCUGAGCAACAUACAAAACAGGCAGAAACCCCAGAUGCACCAGAACCACAGUGCUGCAUGCCUCUGCCUGCCCAUGCUGAGGAGAGCCAACACGAGUCAACUCAGAACAAAACCAUGCCUCCCUUGGAGCUCACAAUGGCUUCUGCAUGCACUAACAUCCCUGGGACAGUUCCCACCCAGGACUUAACAGUGCACCUUCUUAAAGCGCUUGAUAUGUCCCUUGAAGACCUAAGUGAGACUUAUUCCAUGGGCCAGACAGUGACUUCCUUUGAUCAGAUAAAACACACAGCUGGUUCCCAGAUGACAGAUGUUACUGACACCCCAAAGACAUCACCCACUGAUUGCCAGAAGACAACCAUCACCGCAAGCAACAUGACAAUCUCCAGUGAAGGUAGCCAGCUGAAGACCCUAAGCAGUGACCAGACCCUCAGUGAGAGUCAGACACAAGCCCUGCGUGGAGAUCAAAUGAAGACCCUCAGUGAUAACCAGACUCUCUAUGGGGACCAGAUGACCUUCAGUAGUGACCAGACCCUCACUGAUGGUCAUACAGGGACUUCCAGUGGCGAUGAGGCCCUCUCUGAGGGCCAGAUGAUAACCAGCCUAGACCUCUACUUAGGGCAAAUGAUGACUUCCAUUGAUAAUCAGACCCUCUGUGGGGAGCAGACGACGACCUCCACUCAUAAUCAGGCCCUCUACCAGGGGCAGGUGACGACCUCCACUGAUAACCAGGCCCUCUGUGGGGAGCAGACAAUGACCUCCACUGAUAAUCAGGCCCUCUGUGGAGAGCAGACGAUGACCUCCACUUCCACUGGUAACCAGGCCCUCUACGGGGGACAGGUGACGACCUCCACUUGUAACCAAGCCCUCUACGAGGGGCAGCUGACGACCUCCACUGGUAACCAAGCCCUCUACGGGGGACAGAAUAUGACCUCCAUUGAUAACCAGGCCCUCUAUGGAGGCCACAUGGCAAUAUAUAGUGACAACUCGACCCUCUCUGGGGGCCAUAUGCUGACCCUUCAGGCAGGAAAUAUGACAACCCUCACUGGUGACCACAGCCUUUAUGGGGGAUAUAUGACAUCCUAUCAGUCCUCAUUGUCAUACCCGGGAUUCCUAUGCUUUCCAAGUUCCCAUUUGAUUCAAGGACAACUCUCAGAAAAGCAGAAGACCCAGAGCAGCCAGUUCUGGAAGAAUCCUAAGAUUUCGAAGCCCUUCAAAUGCCCACAUGAGGACUGUAAGAACUCUUAUUCAAAGGCUUGCCACCUCCGAACCCACAUGCGCAAGCACACUGGGGAGAAGCCCUUCGUAUGCGACAUGGAGGGAUGUACGUGGAAAUUCAGUCGCUCAGAUGAGCUCAACAGACACAAGAAAAGGCACACUGGAGAACGGCCCUACCUGUGCCCAGUUUGCAACAAGAAUUUUGCACGAUCUGAUCACCUGAGGCAACAUGCAAAGGUCCACAACAUUUGCCGAGAAUUAUGA